AUUACAAUUUUGUUUGUAACGUGUCUGUUGUUUUCGGAGGUUUUCAAUUCAAUUCGAAUGGCAUUGGACUAAAUGUGAAAAUAUUUGCCCAUAAACUGAAUGUAAAAGGAAAAAGAGAGAGUUCGGCAUGCAAAAUAUCGAACUGAAGACUGGAAAAUAGUUUCGAAAUUAUCAUUUGCGAUAUUCAUUGUAGCGUCAUUACAUUACAAUCAGCAUACAAAGCAGUUCGCAAAAAUUGAUAAUAUAGCAGACGAUUUAUAUAUAUAGAGAGAUAAACUUAAUGGAAUAAUACCUUAUCGAAGUGUAAACAAAAGCGAUGGUCCAAUAAGUAAAUCAAAUUUUUACAACAAUAUUGAUUAGUUGUACGUAUCACACGGUUACAGUAUUGUUCGUAAAUGCAAUAAUCUUGACAAUUGCCGCUUUUAUACUUCAAAUACAAUGUGAUUUAGCGUGCAAUCGAUCAACAAGGAGGGCUGAACAAGGGAAAAUAUUUGAUCGUUUGUAGAAAAGCCGCGAAAAAAAAAUGGAGGUAAAUCCAUUGAGUAUAAUUUUAGUAAAAUCGGAUAGUAAAGGUGAUCGCUUAUUGUUUCGAUAUCCGUAUUGUAUGGAAUCGAAUGAACCAUGUUUGCAAAAUAAACGACGAAAUCCGUACUCGAUACCAGCACAAGAGGAUAUUUUACAAAGUCCACCGCCACAAACAUCGAACAUCCAUCAAGGUCAAUUGUCUGGUUUCACCGAUGAAGUGUUAUCAACACUAUUUGCUGUGAAAGCUGAACUAUGCAAUCAAAAAUUCGAGCUUAAAGUGAACGAUGUACGUUUUGUGGCCCAUCCAACGCUUAUGCAAUCGAAAGGUGUCAAAGAAGAACCAAGUGGUUCAUCCAUUUUGAUAAAUAUUGUAUUUGCACUGUACGCUCAGGCCAGUUAUUCAAUUGUUAAAUGCUAUUAUGAGCUGAGCAAACGUUUGGGCAAUGCCUUGGUGUAUGAGGAGAAUCGGGUCGGUUAUUUAACCGAUGAAAUGAAAUUAAUUCUUAAAACGCACGACGAAGUUGCCGAAAAUAUUGAAGAAGGACGCUCAUUGCAGGGAAUCACAGCAUUCGAUCAGAUUUUAGAACGAUCUUCAUUAGCUCUGUGCCUCAAAACGAUUUAUCAAGAUCUAUGUUCAACGGGUUUGCUAAAUAUAACGAUCAAUCAAUUUAUAACGCUAAGUUUUUGUUUACCUCAAAAAGCGCAUCAAUUCCAUAAAAAAGGUGUGGUCGUUGAACCAGAAGCAAUUGAUCGCUGUCUAAAAUCGUUGAAACCGUAUCAUGGCAUGCUAUUAUUAGUGGAUUAUACUGAGUUACUAGACUGUGUACCACCAUCCGGUGCUGUAAUGCUAACCAAAUUACUGAACGCUUAUAAUCCAUUUAAAACAUUACAAAACAUCGCGACCGAUGCUGAUUUCGCGAUAAAACACGUAUAUGAAUUGGUCGGUCAUUUGGUCUAUUGGGCAAAAGCAACCAUUAUCUAUCCAUUAUGCGAGACAAAUGUAUAUGUAAUUGCACCCGAUGCCCCGUUGCACAAUCAUUCACCGCUAGCAGAAAAAUUCUAUGCCAAAUUUUCGAUGAAUUUAUUUGAGGUUAUAAGUGAAUUCUCACUGCCAACAUCAAUUGGCCAUUUAACGACACCACUACAAUAUCCCACAAAACAAGGUACACUUGUACAAAUGGUACUUUGGAUGCUGCAACAUCAUUUGCUAAUGCAAUUGCAUACAUAUGUUCAAUUUAUGCCAACCGAUCAUGGUGAAUGCAUUAAACCGAUCGAUGCCAAACCAAUUGCUAGCACAAAUUCCGUCAACAAUGAAAAUGCUACACAAAUCAAUCCACCAAAACUGGACGAUUCAAUGGAAACGCUUGACGAAACGACGGAAUUAUUGAAUGGCAAUGAAAAUGGACAGGCAUUUGGAUCAUUGCUGAGCAUCGAAUCUAGUCAACCGAUGCCGGUUCCAAAAACUGCUGGCUGUCGAUCAAUUAGCGAAGAUCGAUUUUCCGAAAUGGCAGCCGAUUCGAAUAUUUCCGAUAAUAUGGGAGCGCCCAGUUCAAGUAAUAAAUCAAAUUAUAGCAUUAGUCAAUCGGACACUAUGAGCACCGAGAAUUGUGAAAGUCUUGCAUCGGUUGAAGAUGAGGAUAAAAUUAAAGAAUUAUUGAUGGCAUUCCAAGAGCCGGAGCGAAGUGCCGUUCGAGAUUUACCAGCUGCAUCAAAUGUUGAGGAUUUAACACUUAUGGUUAAAUUAUAUCAAGCCGGUUAUUUCAAAGGCGAGCAUCAUCUCGAAGAAAUAAUGUAUUUUGAAAAUCUCAGACGUUCACAAUUGCUACAACUUUUAGAUAAAUUCCGUGAUGUUUUAAUUAUCUAUGAAACAGAAGAUCCGGCUAUUGCAACGCUCUACACACAAACCUAGCAUCGAUACUAAAUAAAAUAAAAAAACGUUUUUUUUCCACGAGAAUCAUCCAGAAAAUAUGUGAACGAGUGUAGGAACAAAACACAAUCGUCACGACAUUCAUCAAAUAAUCUUUCCAAAGCAAGUUCAAGCGGGUCAUUGCAGAGAAUUAAUAAAA